AUGGUUUUUUUAAUAUUUCUCCUGUCCUUUGUUGCCUUUGACGGGGUAUCUAGCUCUAGUAUAGUAUCAGUCUUUCCUCCUCGAUACUCCCAGUUUUUUGACACAUCAACAGACGAAUGUGACGUCACUCUUACAGAAGCAUUUUUAUCAGGUGAAGAAAAUGAGGCUAAGUUUGGCUUGUCCUUAUGAAUCAAAGUAGAAAGCUACUCUCAAAGUGGGUAUAUAUUUACUAUUGACAGAAGAAAGUAA